CCGGCCCAAACCAGCCUGUGCCGCGGGGGACCCCGGCGCUGACCCUUCACCAGCUCCUCCCUCCGUGGAAUCCGAACACUCGCGCGCGCGCGGGGGGUGGGAGGAGACCUGACAUGCUAAUGAGACGCGCGGGGCGGGGCCUGUGCCGCCCACUGCGCUGGCGCAGCUUCCCGGCUCGGCGCCCCUGGCCGCCGGCUGCAUUUUUUUCCCGCCUCAGCUUCCUUGCAGAGCGCCGGCUGUUGGCGGAGCCGGCCGGCACUUCUGCUCCCAGUCUCAGCCCCAGUAAACGCUGCCGCAUUUUUCUCAGCUUCAUGCCAGUUUCUGUUUGCGCUGAAAGCCAAAGAGUCCUGCGGUCGGGAACGUAUUCUGGCGACCACGCAGGGACCCCGAGAGAGCCCCGGUGAGUCCCGGAGGACCCAGAGCCGGCAGACAGCGGAUGGAGUCCCUCGGACCCUUGGGACUAGUGAGCGGCUCGGAGCUCUAGUUCGGCGUCUCGGCGGCGAAAUGCCCGGAAGGCCCAGAACCAUCUGACUCAUGUGAGCCUGUGGAAGACCUCAAAUACUUGUUCAAGAAGCGACCCUCAGAGUCAGAUAAGUGUUUAAACCUUGGUGGUUUGGUUUGCUGACGUUGCUUUUUGUUGCCUUGUUUUACUUUUCCCUUCUCUGUGAGUACCGUUUCGGGUCAUCUCUCCUCCCUGGGAAAGAGACGUUCUGCCCCUGCGGGGUCUAGAAGAUCAAAACCAAUGAUGAGACUGAUGAAGUGGACUCUUCUCUUGGCCCUUCUCCCUGGGAUGAGUUGGGAAGAAAAUAACAAAGGCGGGGAAACCUGGAGAGAAAAUGCAAUUGUCAACAUUUCUAGCAUUGUGGCCUCAGGAAAUAACCUCUCUGAUUGUUUGAUCUGUCAUCCUCCCCCACAAGACGGGGUUUCGAAGAUCCAGUUUGUACCUGUCAAUGAGGAUAUUACUCUCACCUUGACUUCUGGUUCUAUUAGGAGGGCAGCCUUUCUAGUAGUAGAACUCGAUGAUCGCAACGAUAUGAAGUGUGUUGGGCUUACAGACUCUUGGAACCAAACCGGUCUCCAGGUUAAGCAGCCUCUUCUCUGUCGAGAGCAAGGACAGCCCUGUUGCCCCUGCCAGACACGCACUUGCCUUACCAAUGUGGGAAGCUUGCCCUCUGUUUAUCCUAUGUCAUUUUCCUUGUCAAGUUCUUCAUGUACUCCUAACCAGACCCACUGGUGUGUGGACUCCUCUCUUCUCUCCCAAGAUGACAAACCUAACUUCUCCUGUACCUACUGGAAAGGAAUAGCAACCCCUUCUUGGAGGCUCACCUAUCAGACCCCAGCUGCCUUCGAUAGCCAGGAGGGGAUAGAAGAGGAUUCAGAGCUCGAUGGGGGGCCACUGGAUGGAGGGCCUCUGUCCCCCAGAUGCAAGAGUACACCUAACUGGGGUCGCCUUUUACGAAGUUGGUUUAACUCCUCUUCACCCCGCCAAGCUUGUACCCCACCAGGGUAUCUGUUUCUCUGCGGUCCUCCCCAAAAUAAGCUACCCUACGAAGGGAGCCCUAAUUCUUUCUUCUCCAGGCCUCUUCAGGCAGUGGCCUAUUCGUGUGUAGAUAAUGUUCACUUCCGGGGAGAAUGCACUUUGGGACGAUUGGGCCCUAAAGGGUUAGGCGCCACUAUAUAUAACAUCACCUCUCAAACCAGACAUAGGAGAGCUCUUGGGCUUAUCUUGGCAGCAACUGGAGAAGCCAUAGGACUGGCUGCCCCCUGGAGGGGGUUUGCUUAUCAUGAAACAACCUUAAAAGACCUUACCCAGCUCAUAGAAAACCUGGCCACAAACACUGGUGACAGCUUAGAGAGCCGCCAGGAGUCCCUGGAUUCCAUGACUAAUGUACUUGACACACGGUUAGCUCUAGAUUAUCUUCUGGCCAAACAAGGGGGUGUCUGUGCGGUAGUCAACAACACUUGCUGUGCCUACAUCAACAGCUCUGGGGAAGUGGAACUAAACGUUCAGGAGACUUACAGACGAACCAGAUGGUUGCAUGGGUUCGAUAAUCACACUGCCCAAACUAUGGGACGCAGGCAGAGGCUCUUUACCUAACAUUGUGUGAUUCCUCCCUUUCCUGGGCUCUCUUGUGGUCAUCAUUCUUUUGUUAUUAUUCAGGCCCUGCCCCUUUAAUCAUUUGUUUAAGUUUGUGUCUUCUAGAUGACAGCAGUUUCCUGUGAACUGUGGUAGCACAAGGGUCCCACAUAACCGGUCCCAAGAGGAGCAAUGUCCCUAUAAGGUGUUCGAGCAUUUGGUGAGAGAUUUGUAGCCCUCCAGGUUAGGACAGGGACAACACCCCACUCAGCAAGAAGCAGUUUCAGAAGAUGAGACCUUGGCCCCUACUCCUUAGGAGUAAGCAGGGUAAAAUCUCUCCUGGGGGGACUGAAAUAGAAUAGGGGCUGUGUCUGGGACCCUAUCCCACCCUAACCACAAAGCCCAUUGCUCUGCAUAUCACCUAAGAAGAAAGAAAAGAACCAACCACUCGUUUUUGAGGAGUGUAUUUCAGGGAUGCAGAAAGGAGAUAUUUGCCUGAGGGAACUCUCGAGAAGAAUCCAGACUAAACCAGCCUGUGCCGAAGUGGACCCCAGCGCUGACCCUCCACCUGCUCUUUCCUCCAGACAAUUCUAAAGACAAUCAUAAUACUCGGACAGUCCUAACACACUUGGCCCCAGGAUGAAGAUCUGACAUGCUAAUGAGACACGUGCUGCCUGUGGACGGGAGUUAUCCGCUGCACCUGCAAGCAGUUUUCUGUAUCUCCACCCCUUCCAGCUGGGAUGUCCCUGCUCUCCUGCCUCAUCCCCUUUGCAAACUUCCCGGGCCUUUGUUCCCAGUGCUGCCUCCCUGGUACUGGGGCAUGAGCCUCAAUAAACACUUUUCUUGGCCUUGCA